GCUAUCAACUUUCUUCCUUUUUUCUUUUUUUGGGGGGGGAACCUCAGCUUACAUCGUUUACCUUGACAGACAGGGAAAGCUGUCUGUUUUAUUUUAAGUAUUUUACUAAUUUGGAUUCGUUUUUUUAAAGCGUGACCUUGAGAUUGCUAAUAUGCCACACCCUAAUUUUUUGGUAGCAAUUUAUGAAAGUUGAGUUGUGACUUAAGGCCUCUUACAGCAGUCAAAAGGUAAGGUACCUUUAUUCAAAGGGGCCUUUCCUGUAAACUACAGUUUUUCUGUUAAUAAAUUUCAGUUUUUAGGUUUUUGUGCUGUAGAAAAAUGACCUUGUCGGUUUAGCCAUUGCUGCAUUGCACCAUUUUACAUACAAGGCAAAUUUUUUCUUUGAAGAAUCUAGGAUACCCAAACUUGUAACUGAAGGCCAUAGAGGAGCCUUGUGGUAGUAAAUUAUAGUAAAUAGACGUUUGAGAAAGUUAUAUGAAUGAAAAAAUGUGCAUUUUGAAAUGAAAUUGCAAAAAGGACCCUUUGACUGAUGCCUCUCAGUUUAUGUUUUUACUUGACUCUAUAUUUCUUUUGAUACUCUUGACAUUUUAGGAAAUUUUGAUAAGAUUUAUCAAAACCUUUACACCAUGGUUACAGUUCCUGCAUUUAUGAAAUCAAACCUGUGAUCACAGAAAUCCUGGAAUACUCUUAAUAUACUUCUCUUUUGUGUUUGUUACUGUGAUUAUAUUUGUAUAUUUUGCAUUUAAAAUAUUUUAAGGUUUGCAUUUAUAUGCUUAUAUUCAGACAGUGCUUUCUGGUUGGUAGAUGUGUAGUAUCUUAUUCUUGCAUUUUAGUUGUAGCAGCUUUAAAUUUAUUGAUUUAUUUUGACAGAGUCGCCUGGAAUGCUUUAUCUUCUGAAGCUUACAAAUACACUGUUUGUUUAGAUCACGAUUUGUUUCACAUUUGUUGGAGUAUCUUAUUAGUGACUAAGUAAUAAAGCCUCUUAGACGUUUUGUUGUAUGAGCUGUAUAUUAAUUUUUUUUAAAGUACAUAUGAAUGCGUUUCUUGAUGUGUGUUCUUAUAAAUUGUUAUGAAUUUUACAUCCUACAGUUAAGGAUGUCAUUGGUUAUGUGAGUUUCCCCCCCAGUUUUGCUUUUACUUUUAUAAUUUUAUAGAAGUAAUAUACUUAUUAGAUUCAUUGAAUUUGAAAGUUUUGAACUGGUUUAUUACAAAUGUUGAAGUUUGUUUUAUUAUACUAAUAUAUUUCAACCCUUGCUUUUAAAAAUACCUUUCCAAAUUCUUUUGUAAAUUGAGUUGUCAUACAGUUUGGACUGCUGUCUCUUGAACUGAAUUGCCCAUGUAAUUAUCUAGGUUUGAUUUAGGACAGAAAACUUCUGCACUAAUCCUAAGCUGAUUUUUCUGAAAAGUAACGGCAAUUUGAAGAAAUAGGAAUCCCCAGGUGUAUUUGACAAAUUAUUAAAGAUUCAGUACCUAAAAUUGUUACUCCCUCGAGUAUGUAUGAUUUGCAUAGUCUCACUUAGGUUUUGGCUUUCUUAUGCAAGGUUUGUGGUUAACAUCAUUGAUGAGACUGCCUUCUAAUUUGAAAAAUUAAGCAGUGUUGCUAUUUUUUUUUUAAUAAUUUACUCACCUAGAAAACUAUUUGGAAGUUGUCAUGCAUUUACUUAUUGGCAGUGGGGUUACAGCUUAACAAGGAAGCAUGUACUGUACUUUUAAAUGCAUUUUGUCAAGUAGUUUCACAUACCUGAUGAAUGUUCAAAAAAACAGACUCCUUGAAAAUGGAGUUUUAAAUUAGUUAUCUGAAAUUGCAUACCUUAAUACAUGUACAUAAUUAUGACAUCACUUCCUUUUAAAAUUGGAAAGCUUAAUGGCAUGCUAGUGGUGUUUAUUGUGGUAGAUUGUUAUUUUUAGGAAGCUAAAGUUCAGGAGACUUCAGGUACUAGUACUUGGUCCUUAAUCUAUCAGAAUUUCUUCGUAAAGGACCUAGUUUCUAUGGCACAAAAUCUAGUGCUUAGGGAAUACUACAAAAACCACUUUGGCAGCCUGAGCCACAAGAGAGGAAGGGAGGAGUUGGCAGGUCAAGUAAACUCUGUUCUGAGAAUUAGUUUAGGAUCUGAAAAGCUUGAGUGCAAGUUUAGGUAAACCUGAUACUUCACUGUUUUUGGAAAUAAAGCAUGACUAUAGUUAUAUAAAGUUUGUUAUUCCUGUAUUCUUUUGUUAAUGCUUUAAAUGUUACAUGUUGUAUACCGUGAUUUCUGAAGAUUAAAAAGUUCACUUUCAAAAAUAUGAUUUUAAAAUUCUUGAUAUAUCUGUAAAGUUUCUAAAUAUUUAAAACAAAGUUUUAGUGAGGGACAUAUAUAGAACCGUAUGCCACACACUUCUUACCUAAAUAAUUGGCAGUUUGGGGGUAACUUCAGUAAUAAAGAGUGGAGACAGGAGAGAAGGGAAUGUGAAUGGAACUGUGCACACAAAGAGUUCUGUGUGUUCUAGGACGCUGCGUUUGCAGUUUUACCUAAAGAACUGAGACAGUUUAUUAAAUUUAUCUCUAAAUCGUCUGCCUUUGAACCAGAUUAUUUUGACAACCUACGGUGCGGGCAAAAUCUGCUUUUUAAUCACCUUUUAGCAGUUAUUCUAAAAGCCUGGGGCUGAUUAGAAAUGGCAUAAUGCAGUUGCUUGUGGACUGAACAGGCAGUUUUUAAGUGGCAGCCAUUUUAUGAUGCUGAUAAUUCUUAAGAAUCGGGACUUUUGAGAAGAUUGAGAAUCGAAUGGAAACUUGAAACAUCAAAACUACUCCCCCCGCCCCCCCGCCAGCCUCCCCUUUUUUGGUUCUCUGGUGCUAAAAUAAAGGGCAGCUUGGUAGUUAGCGCAGGCAGCAGCUCUGUGAGCCCCUGGCAUCUUGGUGCAGGUCCAGCUCAGUCACAAAAUGGCUGUUCCUUUGUGCCGCAGCGCUGACAGACAUACUGCAUUGCACUGUGUACUCGCCAAACAGCAGGAAGUUGCCGUGCCGAGUUCAAAGGCCGGCCGGCGCCGGCGCCGGCGCCUGCUGCUGAUUGGCUGUGCGCACGCUUGGUAACAGCGGGUCAACAGCGGCGGCCUCCGGCAGGCCCCGCCCCGCUGCGUCAGGCGCGUCGUCUCGCUCCUGGGAGGGGCGAACGCAGUGACGUUGGGCUGCGUGCGCAACCAGGGUGCUUCCUCUUCGUCUAGCGAGCCAGCAGCUUUGGGGGGCGGGGGGUAGAAAGGGGAAGGGAGCGGAGCUCCGGCCGGGACUUUCCGGUGGGCGGCCUCUUCCCGACCGAUUUCGCCUCUGGCAGCCCUCUGCGCCUUCCUUCUAGCCGUCCACACCCUGCAGCGUGUGUUCCUUUUCCCAUCCCUCGGAAGGGUGUUGCUCUCAGGAGCGGCUUCUACUUCUGGAGAAAGUAAAAGGCGCUAAUCGGAAACCUUCAAAUCGAAAACCUGCCAGUUUUUACAUUUUUUUCGCUUUCCUUUCUCAUAUCCUAGCGAGUCUUUUUUUUUUCUUCUUCUUCUUUUUUUUCUGUUCAGUGUGAAGAGAUUAGUAAGCUUAAUCACUGACCAAAACCUUUUCACUGUCAGAGGAGAUAUUUUUGCUUAAAGUGAGACGUCCUAACGGGUAUUACAGCUGUUGUCUAAUCAUGGCUCAUAAACAAAGGGAAGAUUAUUUGAACUUGUCCCCGUGCAUUUUUACUUGGUACCAUACAUUUUCUCAGUUGGCAUUUGAUGGAGGAAAACUCAGUCACUCAGCAUCUGAAGAAGCUUCCGGUUCAGACUCAGGCAGCCAGUCUGAGAGUGAGCAGGGCAGCGAUCCAGGAAGUGGACAUGGCAGUGAGUCAAAUAGCAGUUCUGAGUCUUCAGAGAGCCAGUCGGAAUCUGAAAGUGAGUCGGCGGGUUCCAAAUCCCAGCCAGUCCUUCCAGAAGCUAAAGAAAAGCCAGCCUCUAAGAAGGAGCGGAUAGCUGAUGUGAAGAAGAUGUGGGAAGAAUAUCCUGAUGUUUAUGGGGUUAGGCGGUCAAACCGAAGCAGACAAGAACCAUCACGAUUUAAUAUUAAGGAGGAGGCAAGUAGCGGGUCUGAGAGUGGGAGCCCAAAAAGAAGAGGCCAGAGGCAGCUGAAGAAACAAGAAAAAUGGAAACGGGAGCCCUCAGAAGAUGAACAGGAACAAGGCACCAGUGCAGAGAGCGAACCAGAGCAAAAAAAAGUGAAAGCCAGAAGACCUGUCCCCAGAAGAACAGUGCCCAAAGCUCGUGUUAAAAAGCAGCCUAAGACUCAGCGUGGGAAGAGAAAAAGGCAGGAUUCUUCUGAUGACGAUGAUGAAGAUGAUGAAGCUCCUAAAAGGCAGACUCGUCGCAGAGCGGCUAAAAAUGUUAGUUACAAGGAAGACGAUGACUUUGAGACAGACUCCGACGACCUCAUUGAAAUGACUGGGGAAGGAGCCGACGAGCAGCAGGAUAACAGCGAGACUAUUGAGAAGGUCCUAGACUCGAGGCUGGGAAAGAAAGGAGCCACUGGAGCUUCUACUACUGUAUAUGCGAUCGAAGCUAAUGGAGACCCUAGUGGUGAUUUUGACACUGAAAAGGAUGAAGGUGAAGUCCAGUACCUCAUCAAGUGGAAGGGUUGGUCUUACAUCCACAGCACGUGGGAGAGCGAAGAAUCCUUACAGCAGCAGAAAGUGAAGGGCCUAAAAAAAUUAGAGAACUUCAAGAAGAAAGAGGAUGAAAUCAAGCAAUGGUUAGGAAAAGUCUCUCCUGAAGAUGUGGAAUAUUUUAACUGCCAACAAGAGCUGGCCUCAGAGUUGAACAAGCAGUAUCAGAUAGUCGAAAGAGUAAUUGCUGUGAAGACAAGCAAAUCUACACUGGGUCAGACAGACUUUCCAGCUCAUAGUCGGAAGCCAGCACCUUCAAAUGAACCUGAAUACCUAUGCAAAUGGAUGGGACUGCCCUAUUCAGAGUGCAGCUGGGAGGAUGAAGCCUUGAUUGGCAAGAAGUUCCAGAGCUGUAUUGACAGCUUCCAUAGCCGGAACAACUCAAAAACCAUCCCGACAAGAGAAUGCAAGGCCUUGAAGCAGAGACCACGAUUUGUGGCUUUAAAGAAACAGCCAGCAUAUUUAGGAGGGGAGAACCUGGAGCUCCGUGAUUAUCAGCUAGAAGGUCUCAACUGGCUUGCUCAUUCCUGGUGCAAAAGUAACAGUGUAAUCCUUGCCGAUGAAAUGGGCCUAGGAAAGACCAUCCAGACCAUAUCAUUCCUCUCCUACCUGUUCCACCAACACCAGCUGUAUGGCCCCUUUCUUAUAGUCGUCCCUUUAUCCACCCUCACCUCAUGGCAGAGGGAGUUUGAAAUCUGGGCACCAGAGAUUAACGUAGUGGUUUACAUAGGUGACCUGAUGAGCAGAAAUACGAUACGGGAAUAUGAAUGGAUUCAUUCUCAGACUAAAAGGCUGAAGUUCAAUGCACUUAUAACAACAUAUGAGAUCCUCUUAAAAGAUAAGACUGUGCUGGGCAGUAUUAACUGGGCCUUUCUGGGAGUGGAUGAAGCCCAUCGGUUGAAGAAUGAUGACUCUUUAUUGUAUAAAACUCUGAUUGAUUUCAAGUCCCACCAUAGGCUCCUGAUUACGGGGACCCCUCUUCAGAAUUCCCUCAAGGAGCUCUGGUCCUUGCUGCACUUUAUUAUGCCGGAGAAGUUUGAAUUCUGGGAAGAUUUUGAAGAGGACCACGGGAAAGGGAGGGAGAAUGGCUACCAGAGUCUUCAUAAGGUGCUGGAGCCCUUCCUCCUCCGGAGGGUUAAAAAGGACGUGGAGAAAUCCCUUCCUGCCAAAGUGGAACAGAUCCUCAGGGUGGAGAUGUCGGCUCUGCAGAAGCAGUAUUACAAAUGGAUCCUGACCAGGAAUUACAAGGCUCUUGCCAAAGGGACAAGAGGCAGCACGUCUGGUUUCCUGAAUAUUGUGAUGGAGUUGAAAAAGUGCUGUAACCACUGCUACCUGAUCAAACCCCCCGAGGAGAAUGAGCGAGAGAAUGGGCAGGAGGUUCUCCUGUCCCUGAUCAGGAGCAGUGGGAAGCUGAUUCUAUUAGAUAAACUGUUGACGAGACUUCGAGAAAGGGGCAACAGAGUCCUUAUCUUCUCCCAGAUGGUCAGAAUGUUGGACAUCCUGGCUGAGUACCUGACGAUCAAGCACUAUCCUUUCCAGCGUCUGGAUGGUUCCAUCAAGGGAGAAAUCCGAAAACAGGCACUGGACCACUUCAAUGCAGAUGGGUCUGAGGACUUCUGUUUCCUGCUCUCGACAAGGGCUGGUGGCCUGGGAAUCAAUCUGGCUUCGGCGGACACAGUUGUCAUCUUUGACUCUGACUGGAACCCCCAGAACGACUUGCAGGCACAAGCCCGAGCCCAUAGAAUUGGUCAGAAGAAGCAGGUAAAUAUUUACCGCUUGGUUACAAAGGGGACUGUGGAGGAGGAGAUCAUCGAACGGGCCAAAAAGAAGAUGGUAUUGGACCAUCUGGUGAUUCAGCGCAUGGAUACCACUGGCCGGACGGUUCUGGAAAACAACUCAGGAAGGUCCAACUCAAAUCCUUUUAAUAAAGAAGAGCUGACAGCUAUUUUGAAAUUUGGAGCAGAGGAUCUCUUCAAAGAACUGGAAGGGGAGGAGUCAGAGCCUCAGGAAAUGGACAUAGAUGAAAUUUUGCGCUUGGCUGAAACCAGAGAGAACGAAGUGUCAACAAGUGCAACAGAUGAGCUUCUGUCACAGUUUAAGGUUGCCAACUUUGCGACAAUGGAAGACGAAGAAGAGCUGGAAGAGCGUCCUCACAAGGACUGGGAUGAGAUCAUUCCGGAGGAGCAAAGGAAAAAAGUUGAGGAGGAAGAGCGUCAGAAGGAGCUGGAAGAAAUUUACAUGCUGCCUCGAAUUCGGAGUUCCACCAAAAAGGCUCAGACAAAUGACAGUGACUCUGACACUGAGUCUAAGAGGCAGGCGCAGAGAUCCUCUGCGUCUGAGAGUGAGACAGAUGACUCUGAUGAUGACAAGAAGCCAAAGCGCAGAGGGCGCCCCCGCAGCGUGCGGAAGGACCUCGUCGAGGGCUUUACCGACGCAGAGAUACGCAGGUUCAUCAAGGCAUAUAAGAAAUUUGGUCUCCCUCUUGAACGGCUGGAGUGCAUAGCACGCGAUGCUGAGCUGGUGGAUAAGUCCGUAGCAGAUCUGAAACGCCUGGGGGAACUGAUUCACAACAGCUGUGUGUCAGCAAUGCAGGAGUAUGAAGAACAGCUGAAGGAAAAUGCCAGCGAGGGGAAAGGACCGGGGAAAAAAAGAGGCCCAACAAUCAAAAUAUCGGGGGUUCAGGUUAAUGUGAAAUCCAUUAUACAACAUGAGGAAGAGUUUGAGAUGCUGCAUAAAUCGAUCCCUGUGGACCCUGAAGAAAAAAAAAAAUACUGCUUAACCUGUCGAGUGAAAGCUGCACAUUUUGAUGUAGAGUGGGGAGUGGAGGAUGAUUCACGACUCCUGCUGGGAAUUUAUGAACAUGGCUAUGGAAACUGGGAGCUAAUUAAAACGGAUCCAGAGCUUAAGUUAACUGACAAAAUUCUGCCUGUGGAGACAGAUAAAAAGCCUCAGGGGAAGCAGCUGCAGACCCGAGCGGACUACUUGCUGAAGCUGCUCAGGAAGAGUCUGGAGAAGAAGGGGGCCGUGACAGGUGGGGAAGAGGCCAAAUUAAAGAAGAGGAAGCCUCGAGUAAAGAAGGAAAACAAAGAACCCAGGCUGAAAGAUGAGCAUGGGGUUGAGUUUUCAUCUCCUAGACACUCAGACAAUCCGUCGGAAGAGGGAGAAGUAAAGGAUGAUGGCUUAGAAAAAAGUCCAAUGAAAAAGAAACAGAAGAAGAAAGAGAACAAGGAGAACAAGGAGAAACAAAUGAGUUCUAGGAAAGACAAAGAAGGGGACAAGGAAAGGAAGAAGUCAAAAGAUAAGAAAGAGAAGCCUAAAGGUGGUGAUGCCAAAUCUUCAAGUAAAUCAAAGCGAUCUCAGGGUCCUGUCCAUAUUACAGCAGGAAGUGAGCCUGUCCCUAUUGGAGAGGAUGAGGAUGAUGAUCUGGACCAGGAAACAUUCAGCAUAUGCAAAGAGCGGAUGAGGCCUGUGAAGAAGGCACUGAAACAACUGGACAAACCCGACAAGGGGCUCAACGUGCAAGAGCAGCUAGAGCACACCCGAAACUGCCUGCUGAAAAUCGGAGACCGGAUAGCCGAGUGCCUUAAAGCCUACUCAGACCAGGAGCAUAUCAAACUGUGGAGGAGGAAUCUAUGGAUUUUUGUUUCCAAGUUUACAGAAUUUGAUGCUCGAAAAUUGCAUAAGUUAUACAAGAUGGCUCAUAAGAAAAGAUCUCAAGAAGAGGAGGAGCAAAAGAAGAAAGAUGAUGUGAUUGGUGGUAAGAAGCCGUUUCGACCAGAGGCCUCGGGCUCCAGCCGGGACUCCCUGAUAUCUCAGUCGCACGCCCCGCACAACCUUCACCCUCAAAAGCCUCACUUGCCCGCCUCCCAUGGCCCACCGAUGCACGGACACCCACGAGAUAACUAUAAUCACCCCAACAAGAGACACUUUAGUAACGCAGAUCGAGGAGACUGGCAGAGGGACAGAAAGUUCAACUAUGGUGGUGGCAACAACCCUCCGUGGGGCAGUGACAGGCACCAUCAGUAUGAGCAGCACUGGUACAAGGACCACCAUUAUGGGGACCGGCGACACAUGGACGCCCACCGUUCUGGGAGCUAUAGACCCAACAACCUGUCCAGAAAGAGACCUUAUGACCAGUACAGCAGUGACCGAGACCACAGGGGACACCGAGAUUACUAUGACAGGCACCAUCAUGACUCUAAGCGGAGGAGAUCCGAUGAAUUUCGGCCUCAAAACUACCACCAGCAGGAUUUCCGACGAAUGUCUGACCACCGCCCCCCUAUAGGCUACCAUGGCCAAGGACCUUCGGACCAUUACCGCUCUUUCCACACAGACAAACUGGGGGAGUAUAAACAGCCCCUGCCUCCCCUGCACCCUGCAGUCUCAGACCCUCGCUCGCCCCCUUCUCAGAAGUCUCCCCACGAUUCCAAGUCACCCCUGGAUCACAGGUCUCCUUUGGAGAGAUCACUAGAACAGAAAAACAACCCAGAUUAUAACUGGAAUGUUCGGAAAACAUAAAGGACAGCUGGGCAAGAAGGGGAGAGCAAGAGUCAUUAAGCACCUGGAUAUUUUUGGUCUGAUCCAGUAGGAGCCAGUUACCUAGACCAGCAAGCGGAGUUUCUGGACAUGCUGCUGCUGUCAGCUUGCCGGUGGAAGGAGCACUUCAAGGAGUGGGGCCUUUCACUUGGUCCAGCUUGGGUUUGGGUCGCCACUCCUGCACUUUGACACCCCAUCCCAUUCCAGCCUGGUUCUGGCCUGUCACUUCGAUGGGUGCUAGGAGGGAGAGGUGACUUUUGUGUAUGUACCAGCUUCGUGGGCUGUGUUUCCCCAGGGAAGGAAGCCUGGGUGCGGUGGGCUGGGUAGGAGCGUGUGUGUGCAGGCUGCCGGGACCUGUUGGGACGGCACAUGAUUUGCUUCACUGUGAUGUGACGGAUGCUGCUGACGGGGAGCGGGGCGUGGGUCUCGCCAAUGGGACUUGAAGGGGAGCAGGUACGCUCCUCAGACGUGUUCUUGGGAGAAACCGCACACUCGGGCCUCACCUGACACCUGUGUUGCAGGAGGACGGAGGGGAAGAGCUUCCGCAGCGGCCCCUUCCCGACCAACACUAAUUUUUCCCACACUAUCUGUAUAUUUCAGAGGCCUGGUCUCCGGAGUGGGCCGCCUCCGCCCUGGUGCCAGGGGAGUGAGCGCCCGUCCGGCAGACUCCUGAGUACUGUGAGUGGGGAAGCACUGGCCCUGGCGUGGGUCUUCCUGGUUGAGGGUGGGCUGACAGAGGGGCUGGGGUGGGGGCAGUGAGGCCAGGGCCUCGGAUUCCCUGGUGGAUUUCUGAUCCUGGGGCGAGAAGUGUCAGUCCAGGGCCCGGCUGGAGGGGGAGGCUUGCUGCUGGCAGGUGCCCAGGUGCAGGUGAGGAGCGGCUUCUGGGGAGGGGGCUCUGGGUGUUGUGCCCGCUCCGCCUCUGCAGCUGCCUUGUAGUGACUUCAGUUCCCUUCGCACGGCGUGAAUAAGUAGACGGCGCGGGGCACAACGUCUGCUGACCCGUGUGGCGGGUGGGCAGGUGAAGCUCAGUGACCUGUGGGGAACAGGCUUGUACGGCUAGUCGGGCAUCAGUAGAAUUCAACUCCGGUGUUUUUUUAGAAUGAGAUCAAAGAAAGUACAAACCUAAGUUAAAGUUUUGGCGAACUAGGAAGCCCCCAAGGACGGGGGACUGCGCCGACAGAGUCCUGCCAGGGUUGAACGGAGUCAGAAGGCAAGUUGGUUGCACCCAAUUCAUCAGGCUCCUUUCGUUCUGAUACUGGGCCUUCCGUUUUAUUCAUUUUAGAUAUCACCAGUAUUGUUUGAGUAUCCAAAGGCCUUUCUGGAUGGAAUAACUGACUUGAACCUACACCGUGCCUAAAUGUGUCCAGGCUCAGAGCUGGUGAAAACCUUCCCAUUGGGCACACACAGGGUUAAACUCCCUGAACCAACCUGUGAGGACUUCAUAAAAUGAUCAUCACUUACUUGCCGGUACCCUGGGCAGCACCAUUCAUGCCUUUACUAAGAAAUCCCCAAGUCCCGGCACCCCAGUGGAGCAGAUGUGGCUUUGGUGGGUCAUUGCUGCUUGCUGUACGCAGCAUCCUGGGGCUGGCCGGGGGUGAGUUCCAGAGCAGAGUCUGGGUCCUCACAGCUUGUGUUGGGAGCUUAGUGGGCCUUGCCCCAUCCUUACUGAUCUCAUGGUACUAGGGUUGCUCAGCGUGGGCUUGUAGGGGGUCAGCAGGCCUGGGGCACAGCCCAAAGGAAUGCAUAGGCGCCCCUGGCCACAGUCAUCCCACUGUGACUGCUCGGGGAGAGCAUGUGUCCGCUUUGGCCACCACCAGCUUAGCUUCUUGCUGACAGUACUGAUGCCACCCUGUGUUUUCUUGCCCAGGCCGAAGAGGAAGGCUAGAUUGGCUUGCCUGGCCCUUUGGGGUUGGGGGGAGGGAUGAGCCCCAGCAUGUCUCUCCCCUGGGAAGUCCGGCUGUGUCCUCUGGGAGGCGCAGCGUCCCCCUCCCCUUAUAGGAGGCCCUGAAUUUCAAUAUUCGGAAAGGGUGGUUUUCUCUGAGUUGGUAAGAGAUGUGAGUUAUUCCCAAAGAUGUCUCAUCAUGAAGAAAAAGGAACUUCCUUUUGUUUACAUUCAGGACUUUUAGUGCCAUAUGAUGUAGCAAAAGGCAAUAUUCGCCAGAUCAGUGUUAAAUUGAUUAUAAAAUUACAGUAUCCCCGUAAAAGCAACUAUUUUAGGUGUUGAAGUAUGUUUGAAGAGUGGGUUGGGAAAAAGGCAUUUCCUCAUUGACCUGAAUCAGUAUAUUGUAUGCUUUUAUCACAAACACAUUUGCACAGGUAGGGAUUCUCUCCCUUGUGGAUGGGGUAAAGUGCCCCAGGAAUCGGCGAGGGUGGUAUUGUGCGGAGCCUGGCUUUGAAGGAUUUAAUGAUUGGGUAGAAACAGCAGGGGUUGAGGAAGAGGGUGGGGAGUUAGCAUCACCUGAGAUCUGAGUAGAAAUACCCUGCGCAAGGAUGCCGUGAAAGUCCAGGCAUGGCACUGUGGUCUUUUCAGAGACUGGAGAGAAACAGCUAGGCCCUCUGCAGAGCCCGAUCUGAUGUGCGCGCCCCCCUCCCCGCCCCGCCGCCGCCACCCCGGUCAUUCCUUUAACCCUUCCACGGGAAACCAGAACACUUCUCACAUCGUGCUGCAGACACUGUAGUCUGAUGCCCGAGAGCUGCGUCAGGAUGUGCGGUGCACACGCGAUUCAGUUACGAAUUCACACAGGGACACUGGGAUCCUAUAGACCAAAAUCCACUCGUCAGCAGGAGCGGUGGCCCCGGGGCCCAGCGCCAGUGGUCUUCCGGCUUGUUUGGGGGCUGCCGUGUCGGGCGGGGAGAGCCAGGCCAAGGGUCCAGGCUGCUUUAGUCCGUCCGUACCCCACGCGUUUGGGGACGGGUGGCUUUUCUUUAUUGUAAAAUUGUGGACUUUUAAAACCUGUUGACUAAACAGUAAUUAAUUUAUAUUUGUGAAAAAUGCCACUGUCCUAGUGAUUUCUGAUGUAAAUAAUGUUGUUUAUAUAGUAUGUAUUAAAUUUUCCUACAUUGUAAAACUGCUGUACUUUUGAUUCUUGUAUAUUAAAAAGUGUUACUAAGGAU